AUGUUGGAAUCCCUGUCACUGUCCUUUAGCACCGCGACCACGAGCACAGCCAUCAUUGUUCUAGUUUUGGGCCUCUAUAUUCUUCUAAUUCCAUUACAUGCCGCGAGCAAAUCGACUACGGGUUCCAUUCCUUUAUACGAAUGGGAUACGAGAGCCUUAGGUUCCCCCAAGAAGAGAUGGAUGUGGGAUUCGAUCAGUCUCUUACGAGAAGGAUACCAGAGGUUCUACAACAAACCAUGGCGAGUCUGGACGACGGAGGGCUACCAAGUAGUCCUGCCACCACCCUACAUUGACGAGCUGAAAAUGCUUCCAGACCACACUUUCCCCUCGUCCUUGCGAGAAUUCAUGCAGCCCCAGUAUACCAUGCGACCGUCUCCUCCAUGGAAACUGGACUAUGUCAAUCAUGUCAUUCUUCAUGACCUAAAUAAGAAUAUGGUGAAAGUGUUUCCGGCAAUGAGGGCGGAAGUGACUAUUGCGUUGUCUAUGGAGUUUCCUGCGUCUGACGAUUGGUCCGAGAUCACGUUAUAUACGCAAUGUCUACGGCUGGUCUGCCGAGUAGCCGGACGAGCCUUCGUCGGGACAGGGCUCUAUCGUAACGAGGAAUGGAUUGACAUUAUGUGCAAUUACACCAAAGACAUCUUUGUCUCUGCUUUGAAAUUGCGAGCAAUUCCCUCCUUCCUUCGUCCGUUGCUCUAUCGCCUCAUCCCCGACGUACAGCGUGUAUUCAAGCACAAUGCUCGUGCCGGGGAGCUCAUAGGAUCGAUUGUGAAACAGCGAGAGAAAGACGAGGCAACUAUACCAGGAUACACAAAGCCCAAUGACACAAUUGAAUGGAUACGGGAUCUUGUUCCAAACGAAGAUAAGAAGAACUACGGCUAUCAGGGCAUAGCUCAGUUAGCCAUUGCAGCCGUCUCGGUUCGGACAACCAGUCAACUAAUCACAAAUAUUCUACUCAAUUUGAUCGCUUAUCCCGAGUACGUCCCCAUCUUGAAGGAGGAGAUUGAGAAUGUGCUCGCGUCAUGUAACGGCCAAUGGACUUUGGACAGCAUGAGCAAGCUAGAAAAGCUGGAUAGCUUCAUGAAGGAGUCCCUGCGAUUUGACACUCCGCUAACAGCAACUUUUCAACGCAAGGCCGUGCAACGCAUCACCCUUAGUGAUGGCACAGUUCUGCAACCUGGGACUUUAGCCCUAGCACCCUCAAACGCGAUCGCCUUCGACCCGAAUAUCUACCCAGACCCGGAUAAGUUUGACGGUCUUCGGUUUUACAAACUGCGACACCAAAACGAUUCCAAGGCGAACAAUAUCAUGUAUCAGUUCACCGCGGCAAGCAAAACACAGGUGCAGUUUGGGGGAGGACGGCACGCCUGUCCCGGGCGAUGGUUCGCCGCACAUCUGAUCAAAAUGGUAGUGGCAGCUAUUCUCUUCAAGUAUGACUUGAAGUUCCGCACUGGGGAAGAAAGACCCAAGACCUGGCUAUUUCAGACCAUCAACACACCUGACCCCAAGGGGAAAAUCAUGGUGAGGAAAGCGCAGCAUGUGUAA